AUGUCUGACUAUGAAGUGGUUUUAUCGGCCAACCAGACCGUCAAGACAUGCAAACCAGCACUAGGUUUCUCUUUCGGCGCCGUUCAAACAGGGGACCCAUUCAGGAGAAGAACCCAAAUUCUGGGAUUUCAUCCGCAAUCUGAUCACAACACCGACCAAACAGAUCACUGUCAGGCGCCGAAAGCCAUUCUCCUACCGGUUGGCGAAAUGACUUUCCCCUACCAGUGGGCACCUAAUCUGAUGCCAACCCAGCUUUUAAGAAUAGGCAAUGUAGUGAUUGCCGGACUUCCCGGUGAGUUCACCACAAUGUCCGGCAGAAGGAUGAGAGACGCCAUCACCAAAGCCUUCGCAGAUAACGGACAAGAAGUAAAGGUGACGCUCACGGGUCUGGCCAACACUUACAGCAAUUAUAUCGCGACGUAUGAAGAAUAUCAGGUCCAGAGAUACGAAGGCGGGUCCACAAUGUAUGGCCCGCACACUCUACAGGCAUAUAUCCAACAGUAUGUCUAUUUGGCUAACAAUAUGGCCAAACAAACUCGUGUAGCGCCGGGACCUGUGUUUCCAAACCUCCUUAAGGAUGAGAUAACAGUAAAACCCGGAGUCAUUUUGGAUGAACCAAAGAUUGGACACAAAUUCGGGGAUGUGUUGACGAAUGCAAAGGACACAUAUCAUACGGGAAGUGAGGUUAUGGUGACCUUUGUUGGCGCCCACCCCCGCAAUAAUGCCAAACUUGAAUCAACAUACCUGACCGUUGAGAAACAAAACGGUGACAAAUGGGAUGUGAUCGCCACCGAUGCCAACUGGGAGACCAAAUUCCAUUGGAGGAGAACUAAUGCUGUGUUAGGCUAUAGUGAAGUGGAUGUCAUUUGGAGUAUUGCGGCCAAUACUCCGAGUGGUAACUAUAGGGACACAUCACACCAUUCACUGCUACCUCCAACACAUUUCAAGUGCAGUCAACUCUAUAUUUUUGAAACAUAA